GCUGGCCCUGGAGCAGGAGCCUGGCGGGGGGAAGCCGCAGGCCCGAGACCCCGCCGCUCCCGUCCGGAGGCAGCGCGCCGGCGGCGGGAGGGCGGCGGCGGGAAGCGCAGGCCGCGGGGAGCCGGAGCUGCCAGACAGGUGGUGUAUAUCCAUGGUGUGAUGAAUCAUUGCCACAGACUUAAAGUCAGCUGGAAAGUGGGGGAAGAAGUGCAGUGAUGACCUGGGUGAUGUCUGGCACUGGCUGUUUGCAUGGUUCAAAAACAAGAAGCUUGCUGGAGUCAGAGGUGUAAAGAAAUGUUCUUGUCUUUCAAGACAAAUGAUUCAUCACUUCUUCAGGGAACUAAAGCCAAUUCCAUGAAGGCUUUGAUGGUCACGGCACAGAGCAUCAGUGGAAGAAAUGUGUAAAAUAAGUACUACUUCAUUGCCGUACAGAAAAAGCUUUUUAAAAUGCCUAUUCAAAAGUCUUAGUGUGUAAGAAUUUGUCUAUAUCUUACUGGAAUUCCUAUUGGAUGCUGCCCUCUGAUGUUUGUGGAAUGAACUGCUUUUGGGAAGCUGCUUUUAGAUAUGAUUUUAUGAAAACUCAGCCUGCUGAGAAGAUGCACCUAGCAGUGGUUGCCUGUGGUGAAAGGCUGGAGGAGACUGUUACUAUGUUGAAAUCAGCCAUUAUUUUCAGCAUCCAACCUCUACAGUUCCAUAUUUUUGCAGAGGGCCAACUGCACAACCGCUUCAAAGGCAUACUCAAUGGUUUGCCAUAUCAAGAAAAAUUUAAUUAUACCGUAUACCCAAUAACAUUUCCGACUGAGAGUGCAGCAGAAUGGAAGAAACUGUUUAAACCCUGUGCUUCACAAAGGCUAUUCUUGCCAUUAAUCCUCAAAGAUGUGGAUUCAUUACUGUAUGUUGAUACUGACAUCCUGUUUUUGAGACCUGUUGAUGAUAUUUGGUCUUUUCUGAAAAAAUUUAAUUCCACACAAAUUGCUGCAAUGGCACCAGAACACGAGGAACCUCGUAUUGGAUGGUAUAAUCGCUUUGCUAGACACCCAUAUUAUGGAAUAACUGGAAUAAAUUCUGGAGUAAUGCUAAUGAAUAUGACACGUAUAAGAAGAAAGUAUUUCAAGAAUGAUAUGACAACUGCUCGGCUACAGUGGGGAGAAAUUCUUAUGCCAUUGCUCAAAAAAUAUAAGCUAAACAUAACGUGGGGUGAUCAAGAUCUGUUGAAUAUUAUGUUUUUUCAUAAUCCAGAGAGCCUUUUUGUCUUUCCCUGCCAAUGGAAUUACCGUCCUGACCACUGCAUUUAUGGAAGCAAUUGUAAGGAAGCUGAAGAAAAAGGAAUAUUUAUUCUUCAUGGUAACAGGGGUGUUUACCAUGAUGAUAAACAACCAACUUUUAGGGCUAUAUAUGAAGCAAUAAAAAAAUAUUCCUUUGGCGAUGACCUGGUUAAUUUCCUGUUACAGCCCCUAGAACUGGAACUGCAGAAGACAAUGCAUACAUACUGUGGAAGAAUAUACAAAGUGUUCAUAAAGCAGCUAACAAAAAGCAUAAGAGAUAUUUAUGAUAGAAGAUCAAAAGAAAGUUGAUUCUUACUACAAACCCACAAAACUAUUUAAUUCA